GACUACACGUGUCUACUGCCAUAAUUUUGGCUAUAUAACGACUUGAACUCAUUAAAUAUAUUUAUAAUAAUUCAAUGGCUUAAAAACACAACUGUAAAAUGAAUUUUAAUCGCUCAGUGUUAAUGUUAAUCGGCCUUAUGCUCGGACUAAUAAGCCUGUCGAAACCAUAUAUAUACAAUGGCAUAGUUGAGGAUGCAGAUUUAUUUAGUAAUUGCGUCAACCAGCCAAAGAAUACACUUGGUUUCCAUGGAUUGUUUAAUCUAUCUGAAUUACACUUUGACACAGAAUCAGAUCCAGUAAUCAUAUCAGGGAAUUCAACUUCAAUAUGGGAUAUUAAACCCACUGAUAUUAUUCAGGUAUCUUUUGAAAUGCUUCGGUACGAUCGUGGCUCGUGGCAACCAACUACAUUUGCGAUAAGCGUACCUAAUCUUUGCCCAACAAUGUACAAUGAAAAUCAAUAUUGGUACAAGGCCUGGCUCAAAUAUGUAACGAAUAAAAAUAAAAUAAGGCGCAAAUGCUUAAGCCCUGGGACCAAAUUUGAGUAUGAGCCUUUUUUCAUGGAUAUAAAGAUGGAAACUAAUGUCGGCGAUAUGAAUGGACGCUUCAAAUUAGUAUUUCAAUUAAAAGCAUUCGACGAAUUUCAUAGAAUUCGACCUACAUCUAUAUGUUUCGAAAUCAAAUUCGAAUUAGACAGACAGUAA